AUGCCCAUGGAUGAUUACACACACUACCAUGGCGCCUCAAAUGCGUUGCUGAACACAGAUGCCAUUUCUGAGCUCCGUUUUGCGCUCAUUGGCAACAACGAUCUCAAGCUUCGUUUGGUGACUGAUGAAGGUUUCCUUGGAUGGUUCUCCAAGCAACUACUGUCCGGAUUGGACUCAUUGGUUGCUGCAGAAACGCCCACACUACUGAUUGUUAAUGAUUUGAACGUCCGGGUUCUUGUUCUCAGGAUGUUGGUGACGUUUGCGGGGUCAAAGUCCCAGCCUCCACUGGUGGACGGUGUGGACGUGGCAAAGCUUCGAUUCUGCGUGCCACUUCUUUCUGAUUUGCUCAAAUAUGUGCUUGACUCGUUUCUUCCACGAGUAAUGGAUCCUUCCGCUGCUGAUCAAACUGACAAGGCAGAAUUGGCCGAAAUAACCGACGUUAUAGAUACCGUGGUGUGUGAUUCGUUCCAUGUCAUCUUAGUACUAGCAAAUGCGCUGAAACUGGCGCUGGAAGAUGUACGGUUUGACUCCAUUAUGCGGCUUGUCACUACUCUUAUGGUUCUUGCCGAUGGUCCCAUCUCUAAGGGCUCUCUCAGAAUGGAGAAGGUGUUGAUAACAGGGUUAGAAAUGAUUCCCUACUGCUUGGAAAGAGGGCCCCAUGAACGUAUGGAAACCUAUGCCGAGGGUUUACUAGCGGUGUCGCUCACUCGUCUCUUUAAUGAGCUUCUGUCGAUGGGGAGCCUGGCUGAUGAAGAUAACACAAAUAUUGAUGUAAUUCUUCCAAACUCUGAUGCAGACAUGAAUAGACUAACGGCAUUAGUGGUGGCUGUGGUGCAGAUUCUCAAUUAUUUCGGUGGAUCUGGUCGCAGAGAAGUGCUUCCUAUCGAACGGGAGUUCUUCACCUCCUCCGCUACUUACAAGAGCGUUCUCUAUCUUCUUAAGUAUGAAGACAAUAAGUUGAUGAACGUGGCAGCUCUCAACCUCAUUCGGUUCUACUUCACGUUCAUGGAUGAUGCCAAUCCAUCAGUCAAAACUGUCAAUCUUAUUUUCGAGAAGCUCUUCCCGAGAAUUAUCGAACUUCUCGAUUACGACUAUUCGGCUUCCAACGAUCAGCCCAACCCCAGGUAUAUCCAGUUGCCCGUGACGAUUCUUUCUGACUUGUGUCUCAAGAAUCCCGAAAUAUGCGAUCAUUUACGCAAUACCAACGUGGAUAUCCGCAUGAUGAACGAGCUCGAGAACCUCUUUGGUCAGGUCCACUUGUUCCGGCAGUUACAUGCACUUAAGUCAGCUGCUCAGAACACCAGCAAAUUGGCUGAUUUCACGAUACUAAGGAAGUCUACUGCAGAAUUGGAAUCAACCGGAUCUCUGAAUUUGUUACUGGUGCAGAGCUUGCAAUUGGACAUGAUCUCCAACUACUUGCUUCUUUUGGGAGUCUUCACUAGUUCGAGCGAGGAGUUUCGUCGCCGCAUCACAUCAUAUAAGAGCGAUAAGAAUUCCCAUUCGGGACCCAAUUUCUUGUGCUUGAUGAUUUUCGAGAUCAUGGACGAUUUCAGAUUUUUGGUGACUCAAACACUCAUGAGUUACAAUACUUUCGCUCAGUUGCAGCAACUGACGAUUGUGGAUGAAGUGUUUCUUACAUGGUUUGGCAGUAACAUUGGCGUCCUCUUUACAUUGUUGGAGAACUCUAUAUUCUCCAAUACUUUGUACCUUCUCAGAUCACUUUCUCGGUCAGUAGCCACACUUAGAACGUUCUUUGUUGAUUUGAAUUCAGUGAAAAGUGUUUUGGAUGCUGAAUCUCAAGUGUCGGAGUACUUGACAUUGGACCCACUGAAACAUAGCGAGUCCAUUGUGGAUAUCGUCAGUGCGGGUUAUGAUCGGGAGAUUUCUUUUGACAGAAAGGGUAGUUUUGUUACCAGCAUGCUUGAAAUCUUGAGUCUGCUUGAAGAUGUACACGUUGUAAAGGAAUACUUUGUGUCUGUGAAAAACGACGUUGAUAAUCAAAGGAUCUUGUCUCGUAAAUCCCUUUGUGUCAAGAAAGUUAUGUUGCUAGGUUCAAUUGCAAAUUUCGGUCUUGAUUUCAGCUCAUUUAGGGCGGGAAUUAUUAACCAUGAAAAUUUCCUUAAAGAUUUGGCAAACAUCAACAUGAAUGCGAUAGAAGCCAAGCGUGCUUACGACUACUCCGAAUUUAAAGAUGUUGCUGCAAGAGACUCCAUUUAUGAGCAAUUGAAAGUACAACUUGGAGUAUUCAAAGUGUUGAAAAAUUACUUAUACAAUGAAACUGAAGAAAACAAAGCGAUCGUUUGGGAAUUCUUUCCACUUUCAUUGAUAUAUGAGAAGUCCCUAUAUGGUAUUAUCGAUGAAUGGGAGGAGGAUCCAGAAAUUCAUAAACUUUUCUUGGAGCAUAAAGUGAUCGCUUUUGGAAUCAUGAGAAAUCUCGCGGCGGCUUCCACAUACUUCAGUGAAGACAUCAAGAAUUCCUACUUAAAGUAUGCGAAGGAAAAGCAUGACAAUGGACAGUUAUAUGUUCCUCAAUCUUGGAACGAUUAUCUUCACGAUAACAUAAUGUGCUACGAUCUUUUCGUUGAUUUGCAAGGCGACGAAAAUUCACUCGAGAAGAAAUUCUUCAAUGACGAUGAGUUUUUACUCAGAUUGAUCCUGGACGAACAGUACUUUAACCUUGUGGUGAAUAUAUGCUACUUGGAGGGUAACCGUUACGCAAACAUAACCGAGUUUCGCCGGUCUGAUUUCCCUCGUUCUAACUUUCUUGAUGUUUGGAAACGACUUCUCGAAGUCAAGUUGCUGUAUAAACUAGAAGCCAGAAUUUGCGGUCUGAAUGAGAAGGACAGAGUGAACUUAUCAACUCUGCUCUGCAAAGUGAAAUUAGCUGUUACUUGGAUAUUGGUCAACUUGACCUAUAUUGAACAGGCUCAUGGUUAUCAGUUGUCUGACAAGAUUAGUUUUGGACUAUUCGAUACAGUUACGUCUUCACAGGCUUCGCACACAGCUUCAGGUAGUAACAGAUUACUCACGCCAUCCAACAUUGUUAUUGAAGAGAGUGAUGAAGAGGAAGAAGAAGACGAAGACGAACAAGAUCAUCAGGCAAAUAAUCAAGAGUCUACAACGCUGGAGGAGAACGGAUUACUCACUCAACUAGACAGAGCAAAGCUCCUCAACAAGCAUGGAUUCACCGAUGUUUUGGAGAAUUUGAUCUACGACAUGUCUACACCAAAGUAUGAGGUAGCCGAGAGUAAAGAGAGAAGUUCGCUAGAGCGUUUUGACAACGUGAAUGCCAACAGUCUUUAUGAGAAGUGCAAGACUUCGCAUCAACAGAUUGUGUCGUUAUUAGCCGGAACAUCGGAUGAUGCAGGGAAAAAAUUUAGAAACCAGCAAUAUCCCAAGUCUAAGCGCACACAUCCAUUACGGAGAGCCAGCAACGUGAGUUGGUCGCAAAGAGAAUUUUAUGGAACAUCGCAAGAGAGGCUUGGCCAGGUCGGUAGGUCACAAGGUGAACAACAAGAGAGGAACAAUGAAGAGGCAGUCGUAGAUGGCGACGAAGAAGAAGACUUUGAUGAGCCUUGGAUUCGAUGA